GCCGAAAUAGUUGGGGUUCGCUCGGAGACCAUUUCUGUGCCACAGGAAAUCAAAGCAUCGCAGCUGUGGAAGGAGCUAGAGAUUCUCCAUCCUGGGUUGGCCGAUGUUAGGAACCAGGUGAUAUUUGCAGUUCGUCAGGAGUAUGUCGAGCUUGGAGAUCAGCAGCUCCUGCUGCAGCCCGGAGACGAGGUUGCCGUCAUCCCGCCCAUCAGUGGAGGAUAAUGCGUCUGAGAUAUCUGGGAAAGAUGUGGAUGAUGUUGAGGAGAAACCUAAAGACAUAAUACAGUUCACUGCCGAGAAGCUCUCGGUGGGCAAGGUGUCCCAGUUGGUGGUCUCCCCUCUGUGUGGUGCAGUGUCUGUCUUUGUAGGGACCACAAGAAAUAACUUUGAAGGCAAGAACGUCAUCAGUUUAGAAUAUGAAGCAUAUGUACCAAUGGCAGAAAAUGAAAUCAGAAAAAUUUGCAGUGACAUUAGACAGAAGUGGCCAGUGAGACACAUUGCGGUGUUCCAUCGGCUUGGUUUGGUUCCAGUGUCAGAAGCAAGCACAGUUAUUGCUGUGUCGUCAGCUCACAGAGCUGCAUCCCUCGAAGCCGUAAGCUACGCCAUUGAUUCUUUAAAAGCCAAGGUGCCCAUAUGGAAAAAGGAAAUAUAUGAAGAAUCAACAUCAUCUUGGAAAAGAAACAAAGAAUGCUUCUGGGCAGCUGGUGACUAGUCAGUUUUUGGUGUACUAAAUCUUAAAUUUGGUAGAUAAUCUCAUAGGUUACACGAAUGGAGAACUAGUGAAGGCUGUGCUUGUGUGGGAUGAGGGCCGGCCUAGGAACUGAAGAUGGGAAGAAAGGGCUUAACUUAAGCCUGUGAUAAGGUGUCUGUGAUAGACUCAUCCUCCUGUGCCGAACUCCUAACUGUGGCCAGCUCACAGUGAGCUGCGGCCUUCCCUCUACUGUCAGCUGUCUCAGGAAGAGCUCGCUGCCCCAGAGUGUACUGACAGCAUCGAUACCAGGUGUGUAGUACAAAAGAUUGGCAGAACCAGAAAGUUAUUCUCAAUUUUGCUAUUAUAUAUUUUAUAUAACAUAAAAGUGAACCUAAAUAAACCAUGAUUUAAACAGUCUAAAAAUUGAUCCUGUUUCUUUUUUAGUCAAUGAUAAUACCUAAGGAAUUUUACAUUAUAGAUGCCACUAUGACUUCUGAAUCUAUAAUUAUACAGUAAAGCUUUUUAUAUUUCAUUAGUUGUUAAUAUUCUCAUCACUGUACAAAUUAGCAUAGAAUUGUUAUAAAACUAAACAACAGCAAGGUGGUUUAUGUUAAAAUGAUGUAUGAUGUUUAAAAGUUGGCCCACAACUAUUUGAGGAGAUUGUGUAAUUAUUUAUUAAAGUAGUUUGGAUAGUUUUCAUAAUGUUUA